AUCAAUACAUUAAACUAAAUUUCUUCCUCUUCUUCUUCUUCUUCUUCUUCUUCUUCUUCUUCUUAAUUUAAUUUAAAAGUUUGUUUUAAUCUGCAAGCAAAAUUUAAUAAAAUUAUAACGGAAAUAGAUCAGUACGAAUACGAAGUAGUUCCAAAUUUUUUAAUCGAAACAAAAAGAAAUCCAACGACGCCAUUGAAACCCCCUUGAGAAAACAGGGCCAACACACUCUCCAUCACCCUGCCCAGAGAAAUCUCCCAAUGAAGGAAUUUCAACUAUCUCUACCAGCGGUAAUCUCGCUGUUGAUCGCCGUCGGCAUCAGCGCAAUCAGUCAAAUCAAUGGACAUGAUUUCACGAUUGAAGAAGCAACAAUCGAGGAGAUCCAGAGAGCUUUUGCCGAUGAAAGGCUCACAUCCAGAAUGUUAGUCGAUUUCUAUUUAAAACAAAUCGAAGCCCUAAAUCCGGUGCUUAGAAGCGUGGUGGAGGUGAAUCCGGAGGCGAGGGAUGAGGCGGACAAGGCGGACCGGCGGCGGAGAGACGGGAAUGUGAAACGGUUGUCGCUCGGAGGACUGGACGGCGUGCCGGUGCUGGUGAAGGACACUAUAGCGACGAAAGAUAGGAUGAACACGACGGCUGGAUCGUACGCAUUGGUGGGAUCGGUGGUGGCUCGGGACGCCGGCGUGGUUGAGAAGCUGAGGAAAGCUGGGGCGGUGAUUUUGGGGAAAGCGAGUCUGAGCGAGUGGUACUCGUUUCGGUCCUUGGGUCACGUGCCCAAUGGAUGGUGCGCACGUGCCGGUCAAGCAGUGAAUCCUUAUUUGGCUUCUGGUGAGACCUGCGGGUCGAGCAGUGGCUCAGCCAUUUCUGUUGCUGCUAACAUGGUAGCCGUCUCAUUGGGUACAGAAACUCAUGGCUCCAUCCUUUGCCCAUCCGAUCGAAACUCCGUCGUAGGAUUCAAACCAACUGUUGGCCUCACUACCCGAGCUGGAGUCAUUCCCAUCAUGUCUAGCCACGACACCGUCGGGCCUAUAACGAGGACAGUGUCAGAUGCAGUUUACGUGCUUGAUGCAAUUGUUGGUUAUGAUCCAAGAGAUGCUGAAGCCACAAGUGAAGGCUCCAAGUUUAUACCACUAGGUGGAUAUAAACAAUUUCUAAAUCCCAAUGGAUCAAAAGGGAAAAGAAUUGGAGUUGUUAGAACCCCAUUUGCUGAUAAGUUCCCUUCGAUGCAAGUUUUUGAGAAUCAUCUUCAUACCUUGAGGGAAAAAGGUGGUGUUAUAGUGGAUGAUCUUGAAAUUGCUGAUAUAGAUAUAAUAUUGAGCCCCAAGAGGAGUGGUGAACUAACAGUUAUGUUGGCUGAUUUCAAGCUUUUGCUAAAUGAUUAUUUGAAAGAGCUCGUAAGUUCUCCGGUCAGAUCACUUGCAGAUGUUAUUGCCUUCAACAAUAACCACACUCAAUUGGAGAAGAUCAAAGAAUAUGGACAAUCAACCUUCAUUCAAUCAGAGAAAACAAAUGGGUUAGGGGAGAAAGAAAAGAAGGCAAUCGAAACGAUGGCGAAUCUAUCGCGAAAUGGAUUCGAGAAGUUAAUGGAAGAAAAUGAGUUGGAUGCAAUCGUCACACCGGGAUCUGGCUGCGCUUCCGUGCUGGCGAUCGGAGGAUACCCUGGAAUUACUGUCCCAGCAGGAUAUAACGAAGACGAUGGUAUGCCAUUUGGGAUCUGUUUUGGAGGCUUGAAGGGCACAGAGGCGAAGCUUAUUGAGAUUGCUUAUGCUUUUGAGCAAGCCACUAUGAUGCGAAGGCCUCCAUUUCCAAAUUCAAUAGAUUGUCAAGUUUCACAUAGUAAUAUUUGAGGAUCAUUCUUACUUUGUUUUGAAAUAUGUUUGAUAUGUUUGAGUUAGAAAAAUAACUAAGUGUAUCUCAUGGUGUAUUUAUCUUUGUGCAUUACGAUCAACUACUCAAACCCAAGUUGUUACAUGGAAAACAUUUUUUAAAAAGUAAAAAUUGUUUUUUUUUUCAUAUAUAUUUUUCAGGAGAGACAUACAAAAACAGUGUAGCUUUAACACUCAAACAUUACUCCAAAAAAUACAUGAAGGUUCGGGGUGGUUGGAGGUGAGGAAUAGGAGAGUAAAGAGGUAUAAGAGAGUUGUGAACUUCGAGAUCCGCAACUUGUUGAGCCAAACAAAAAAUGGAGUUCAUAACUUAGUACUACCAAAAUCUUUGGCCAAACACAAGGAAAUAUUUUGGAACUUUCUUUGUGCAAAAUUAGAUAAUUUCUCAAUAUGUGAUAGUUUUGGACUAUUUCAAUUGGUUUUUUUUCUUUCUUUUGUUCGCUAAAUUACUUAUUUAGUUUUAGAAAUUAAAAAAAUAUCUAAUAAAUCUUUUAUAUCUUAUACAUUUAUUUAAUACGUUUUAAAUAAUGCUUAAUUGUUAUAGUUUAAAAAAAAGUGGAUAUUUAGUGAACUAAUCAAUCUCAUGGGUAAGAAAUUUGAUUAAACCUUAACGUCACACCAAAAAAUAAAUCCUUAUUGAUUAGUACUUAUUAAAGUUAAAAAAUCAUAUUAUUACAACUUAAAAAUAUUGCUGAAAAAU